CUUCGUAAGGAGUGGUAUACUAAAGUUCAUGGUCGCAACAUUCAAGUUGUUCCUUCGAACAUAGCUGCACUUAUCACGCCUAGAGUUCUAGCUUAUUGGCUUGCCGGAGUUGGACAUUACAAUAAAACUCAAGGAACAAUCCACAUAUACACAAAUUCAUUUACUCCCGAACAGGUUGAUCUGUUAAGAGCUGCGCUCCUUCAGAAUUUUAAUAUUGAGUCUACUCGGAAUGUUGUUAAUAAAGCUAAGGAGCA